UGGGCGGGCAAAAAAACAUUGUUGCUAGGAACUUCGUCAUUUGUUGCUCUGAGCACCAUGGAAGACGAUAAAGUGUCAGAAGAAGCGGAGAAUUGGAAACUAUACGAAACACUGCAUACAAAAAGUCCUACAGAAAUGGAAGGUGAUUCUGGAAAUGACAUAAUCACUACCUUGAGAAGUGAUCUCGCGGGCCUACAAUACAAGAGAGAUAAAUUAAUAUCUGAAAAUAGUGACUUAAAAAACCAAAUGUUGUCACGAGAUCAAAGAGUGUUUGAACAGCAAGUGGAAAUAGAUCAUCUACGCGAACAAAAUGCUCGCCAAAAUGCUAUCAUAUCAUCUCUCAAAAAAAAGAUUCAAGAUCUUGAAGAGUUACACCGAAAUCUUCAAGCGGCACAAGGGCGCAGUGACCUGACAGUACAAACUUUACAAAGAGAUAAUAGAUAUAGCGAAGAAAAAAUUAAAGAUUUAGAAAAGAAGUUACGUUCCCUUGAACUAGAAUGUCAUAAUGAGGAACAACAAAAAGAAAAUGCGCGAUGCCAGUUCCAUGAUUUAAUUCGAAGGCUAUCUGCCGCACUAGAUGCUGAUUUCUGCGAUUCUACACAUACUCACUCGCCGGAAAGCCUUAUAAUUAAAGCCGCGGAAUUAGUUCAGGAAAUAACUCGCCUAAAGAACAAAUGCAUGAAUACAAUGGAAAAUCUCUCAUCCUUAGAGCAAGACUUACGAAGUUGUAGAGAUGCUUUAGAAAGAUCUAAUGCAGACAAGGAAAUAUUACAAAGACAGCUUUCCUCGCAACUUCUCGAUAUCGAAAGGUUGAAACAGGAGAAAGAAUCAUUAGCGGUGCAGAAUCGGGUCAUUGAACGUGAGUUACACGAAGCCAGAGACAAAUUAACACAUUGCACAAAAAAUUUAAACGUGGUGACCGAUAAUGUAAAUCAGAAUGAAUCUAUGAUAGUUCAAUUAAAAGAGGAUUUAAGGCAUCGAGAUGAAAAGUAUCAGCGACUACAAGCUGAAUUCCGCAACACAAUGGAGUCCAUAGCUAUCCUUCUUAGCUUGCCAACAAGAUUUGUAGAAGCACAUGAAAGUACGAUUAAAGACCGUAUACGAGAAAUUUUGAGUGAUAAUAAAGAUAAAUCAGUGCAAAUAGACGCUCUACGUGAUAAAUUGGGAAUGGAAUCCCAACAACUGGGCAGAACUGCACACUUACACGAUCAAGCGACGACGCGAGUUCGCAUCCUAGAAGAUGAAAGAAAUAUGCUCGAGGCAAAAGUACACAAGUUAGAAUCGGAACUCAAUGCUUUGGAACUCUCCAGAGAAAGUCUUCGGAAAGACAAGGCCAACUUUGUAGCAUUCCUGGAGCGUCUAAGCAGAACGCUAAAUAUGGAUGAGUUGACUCAAGAUGUCGGCAUAGAAUUGCACACUGAAUCCAUUAUGCACCGCGCCGAGCAGUUAGCGAGACUUGAGAGCGAUAAAAUUGUUGACAAGCUGCUAUAUUACGGAUACUAUGGCACACUACCGCGGCUGCGCAGAGAGCGAUCUUUCCAUGAUUUGCCCUAUCUAAAAGAAACAGCUGUAGUGUAUCAAUUACAGAGACGAAUAAAAAUCCUGAGGGAGCAGCUGCAAAGAAAAGACUUACACCUGGACUUACUGCGCCGCAAACUGAGUGUGCAAGACGAAAGUUCUCGCGUGCGCGCAGUGCUGCAGGCAGAGCGGGAUGAAGCAGUGUCGCGCAACAAAAAGCUGGCACGCCAGUGCGACAAGCUGGCCGUGCAGCUCGGUGAUGCGCGCGCGCAACUACGAGACCUUAAUGCACAGCUCGCAGACGCUGCUGAGUACAAGAUCACGUCAUUGGAACGAGCACGGAAAAUAGAAGAAUUGCAGAAGAAAUUGGACGAAUCGGAGAUAUUGCGCUCUCGGUACAACCGCAAGGUCUGCGUACUAAAGGACCAGGUCCGCGCCACGGGAGAAACAUUUGAACAAGAGAGGACUACUACUGAGCACCAGAUAAACAUAUUGCGAGAUGACCUUGCCAGGACGAAGGAAGCGCUCGCCGAAUGUCAACGGAGAGAAGCGCAACUGCAGAGUUUUAGGAACUCAAUUGCUAAACUACUUGGAAUUUUGGUGCCGGCGUCGGUGUCUGAUUUCGAGAUGGUCUCCCGGCUGCAGAAGCUUAUAGAUGCCCACCACGACUUCACUGUCGUAUCGCGACGGUAUGACGACCCAACAUUGCUGCGUGCUUCCUCCCGGUCACCACCACCAUCGCGAUGCAGGACCAGGACGCCAGAUAGAUCCCUACGUUACGAUGACUCUGGGUAUGCUGAUCCCGCCUUCGAUCUUGAGGAUGACUUGUACAAAGGCCGUGCGGCCUUGUGACAGUCGCGUCGACGCGCACUAGAUUUCAAUCGCGCGCGAGGAUAUGCAAAAUAUGUUGAAUCUUAGAGGAACCCUAUAAAACCAAGGUAUCAAGUAAUAAUGUAUCGGAUAUGACAAAUUAUAUUUACCUCAUAAAAAAUAUAGAUAUAUUGUGAAUCGGAUGACAAUUAUGAGACUAACUGGUUACUUGCCUAAUGAUUUGCCAUUCUACAUAAAAAUUAAACUGCAAUGCACUGCGCUGCGCUCGUCAUACUGAGAUUUAAUAAUAUGAUAAGUCUAUAAUGUGAGUACACGAGAAAUUACGGCGCACAUAUAAUAAUUAAAAUAUUCGUUUACUAAUAUGUCAGUAUUACCAGUACGACAGAAAUUAAAUCAUGUGGUAAGAUAUAUUUUAUAUCCGCCAGGAUAGCGACCACCGCGCCGUACAUAAAGUGUUAAAACCUGCCAUAGUUGCCGACAUAAGUGUGUCGCGUUCCGGAAUCAGCCCGUGUAUAUCCGGUUCCAACAGGCCGGCAUAAUUGUGUACCCACUCCACUUAAUAUCAGGUGCAGUGGGGUAACUUUGUCGUGCACGUUAUAAUAAAAAAAAAAAGUGGUAAGUACUCCCAACUCAGAGUUCCACACAGACUCUCGCAUAGAGAAACCUGGCCAGGCAUAUAAUUGGGAUUAUUAACCUAUAAUAUAAUCGAUGUAAGCACAUAAGGUAGUUAUAUAUUUUGAAAUUUUAUAUAUCUACACACCCCAUAACAUUUAAUAUACUCGUAGAUGUAGAGUGCUCACACAAAAUUAUAGGUAAUAACUAUAUUAAAAUUUAUAGUGUAAAAUACACAACAUGAAAAUCGUACUGUAUGUCUAAAUACAGAUAUAUAAACUUUUAGGAAAGAAAUAUCGAAUGUUUUGUUAUUAUUGUUAACGACAGGAUUAUAUAUAAAUAUAAUAAGUAUAUAGCGUAAAGACUAUAAUAAAGUAUGUGUUCAGUGUUAUUUUAUUUUUUUAUGUUAUCGGUAUUAUAUUAAGUCUCGUAACGAAUAGGUAGCACCUAUCUACAGUAGAAUGUAAUGUAAUUAUUUAGUCCUUUUUCGAAAAAAAAUAUGUCUGCGCACAUAUUUAUUAUUUGUU